AAAGACUUACAAGAAAGGUGCUGAAUGCAGAUGUAAUGAAGCGCCACCUUCUCUGACUACUCAAUCUCACACAAACAAACACAUUUCUUCAUUCUUCAACUUCUCGUCAAAUUCUCGCGAACUCCAUUGUUCCUUCUUAUCAAGAAUUCGCUGCUUCGUGUUUUCCGCGUAAAGAAACCAACGGUGCCAAAACGGUUACACUUCCGAUUGAAGUUGAGAGAAAUCAAUGGGACAUAGUUCGAAUAAGAAGAAACGAGGAGGUGGAGGACGAAGAAGCAAAGCAAGAACGCCUUCCAAAGACCACGCUUCUCAAUUCGGUCAAGAUGAUGAUAACGAACAACUUUCCGAAGAGAUUACCGCACUAUGUGCAAUUUUUCAAGAGGAUUGCAAAAUUGUUCCUGGAUCGCUUCCUCAACUUGCCAUUAAGCUCAGGCCUUACUCGAAGGACAUGGGUUAUGAGGAUGUGGAUGUUUCUGCAAUUCUUGUUGUUAGGUGCUUGCCUGGGUAUCCCUUCAAGUGUCCCAAGUUGCAGAUUACUCCUGAGAUGGGUUUGUCAGAUACUGAUGCUAAUAAACUUUUGUCUCUCCUCCUUGAUCAGGCCAAUUUAAAUGCUAGGGAGGGACGAGUAAUGAUCUUUAAUUUAGUUGAGGCAGCUCAAGAGUUUCUGUCUGGAAUUGAGCCUAUUGCCAAACCAACUGAAUCUAAGUUUUUGCACACAACAACAGAAGGCAUUGAAGAAUUGUGUCCCAAGGAUAUUAUUGCAUCUUCAAAUAAAAAUAGAUCUUUUGUUUAUGGUUUCAUCGACCUUUUCAGUGGCUAUGGAGAGUCCUGGAAUUGGGGUUUUGGAAUUGAUGAAACUGCUGGAAAAAGUUCUUCUCUUCCUUCCUCUAAGUUAGAUGCCUCCAAGCCACGAUUUGAAGCCCGGGAAAAGAAAUCUGAUAGCAAGGAAAACCCGUACAUAUUGCAAGAACUUCCUGCGAAAUUAGAUACUGUUGGAGAAGUUAGUGAAGACAGUAACAAUAUCUUAUCUUUGACUCAUUCAAGUAGAUCUCUGGUGGAAGAUUUUGUAGGGAACGACAGUGAAGGUGAGAAAGAGUAUUUUAUUGUUGAUGAGUAUGCAACAGAAGAUAACAAAGGUGUGUAUGACAGCGAGUCGUCAGAGUCUAUAUCUUCUGUCUCCUUGCCUCAUCAUCAAGCAUCUCAAACAAUAGAAAAGGAUCUAAUCAUGGUUCACAUGCUUCGCCUUGUUUGUGCUUCUAAAGGCACAUUGACCGACUCUUUGCCACAAUUAGCAGCAGAGCUGUACAAUUUAGGGAUCUUUUCUGACUUGGCACGUGAUAUGGCAUCAAAACCGCCUUCCCUUUUCAACAAAACCUUUCAUCGUAUCUUCAAGAAACACCUGGCAUCAUCCAAAAUAUCUCAAUUUUGGACACCUUCUUCUGAUUUUGGAGGCUCUAAUACAGUUCCCCACAGUUCUCGAUAUUUAAAUGAUUUUGAGGAGCUACGCCCCCUUGGUCAUGGUGGUUUUGGGCAUGUUGUGCUGUGCAAAAAUAAGCUCGAUGGAAGGCAGUAUGCAAUGAAGAAAAUUCGCCUUAAAGACAAAAGCAUGCCUGACCGAAUAUUAAGGGAGGUAGCUACACUUUCACGUUUACAACAUCAACAUGUUGUUCGGUAUUAUCAGGCAUGGUUUGAAACUGGAGUUGCAGAUUCUUAUGGGGAUCCUGCUUCGGGUUCAAGGACUACAAUGAGCUCUACUUUCAGUUACCAAGCUGCAAGCUCCAAUGAUGCCAUUGGGCGCGAGAAUCAGCUAGAAUCAACAUAUCUUUAUAUACAAAUGGAGUACUGUCCCAGGACUCUUCGUCAGAUGUUUGAAUCAUAUAAUCAUUUUGACGAAGAACUGGCAUGGCAUUUGUUUCGCCAAAUAGUGGAAGGUUUGGCACACAUACACGGGCAAGGAAUAAUUCAUCGGGACUUAACACCAAGUAACAUAUUCUUUGAUGCUCGCAAUGAUAUUAAAAUUGGUGAUUUUGGUCUCGCCAAGUUCUUGAAGUUGGAGCAAUUGGACCAAGAUCUAGCCCAUCCCACUGAUACAACUGGAGUUUCUAUUGAUGGCACUGGACAAGUUGGGACAUAUUUCUAUACAGCUCCUGAAAUUGAGCAAGGAUGGCCCAAGAUUGAUGAAAAGGCCGACAUGUACAGCUUAGGAGUGGUUUUCUUUGAGCUUUGGCACCCAUUUGGGACAGCAAUGGAGAGGCAUGUUGUUUUAUCUGAUCUGAAACAGAAAGCGGAGCUUCCACCUGCUUGGGUUGCUGAGUUUCCACAACAGGAAUACUUGCUGCGGCAUUUAAUGUCUCCAGGUCCUUCAGAUCGCCCAUCUGCCACAGAACUUCUGCAGAAUGCAUUUCCUCCACGAAUGGAGUCUGAAUUGUUGGAUGAUAUCCUGCGAACAAUGCAGAAGUCAGAGGAUACAAGCAUUUACGAUAAAGUCUUAAAUGCUAUCUUUGAUGAAGAAAUGUUAAGCACAAAACACAUUCGUCAGGUUGGUAGAAUGGAGUCAGUGGGAGAUAACAGUUCAUCCAUUCAGCACACAGAUUUUGUAACUGAGGUCCGAGAUUAUGUUGUCGAUGUCAACAAGGAAAUUUUCAGGCAUCAUUGUGCUAAGCACCUAGAAAUAUCACCAAUGCGAUUAAUGGAUGAUUGUCCACAGUUUAAUAGAAAUGCAGUUAAACUUCUGACCCAUGGAGGAGACAUGCUUGAACUUUGCCAUGAGCUGCGUUUGCCUUUUGUGAACUGGAUUAUAUCUAACCAGAAAUCUUCAUUCAAACGAUAUGAGAUAUCAUAUGUUUACAGAAGAGCAGUUGGACAUUCAUCACCAAACCGCCACCUUCAGGGAGAUUUUGACAUUAUUGGUGGUACUUCAGCAUUGACAGAAGCAGAGGUCAUAAAGGUCACGAGGGACAUAGUCACUUGUUUUUUCAAUGACGACUCAUGUGACAUUCAUCUAAACCAUGCUGGCCUCCUAGGUGCAAUUUGGUCAUGGACUGGAAUCAAGGUAGAACACAGACUUAAAGUAGCAGAGCUUCUUUCAAUGAUGGGUUCAUUGCGUCCUCAAUCCUCAGAAAGGAAAUCAAAAUGGGUAGUGAUAAGGCGGCAACUAUUGCAGGAACUGGAUUUAGUAGAAGUUAUGGUAAAUAGGUUGCAGACUGUAGGUUUGAGAUUCUGUGGAUCUGCAGAUCAGGCACUUCCCAGACUAAGAGGAGCUCUGCCAUCUGAUAAGCGUACCUUGAAGGCACUUGAUGAAUUGUCCGAGCUAGUCAGCCUCUUGAGAAUUUGGAGGAUUGACAAAAAUGUAUAUAUAGAUGCAUUAAUGCCGCCAACUGAAAGUUAUCAUAGAGAUUUGUUUUUUCAGGUAUACUUAAGGAAGGAAAACAGUUCUGGAUCACUCUCUGAAGGUGUCUUGCUAGCUGUUGGUGGUCGAUAUGACUAUUUGCUUCAUCAGUUGUGGAGUAGUGACUAUAAAGGAAAUUCUCCCACUGGUGUGGGGACUAGCCUUGCACUAGAGACAAUAAUUCAGAAUUGUCCUGUCGAUUUUAAGCCCAAUAGAAAUGAAGCCAGCAUCAAUAUUCUUGUCUGUUCAAGAGGAGGAGGGGGUCUGUUAGUGGAGCGCAUGGAACUAGUUGCUGAGUUAUGGCAGGAAAACUUUAAGGCCGAAUUUGUUCCCAUCCCUGAUCCAAGUCUCACAGAGCAGUAUGAGUACGCUAAUGAACAUGAUAUCAAAUGUCUUGUCAUUAUUACAGAUACAGGUGUCUGUCUGACAGAUUCAGUUAAGGUUCGACACCUUGAACUUAAGAAGGAGAAAAAUAUUGAGAGAGAGAACCUAGUCAAGUUUCUAUCGGAUGCUAUGGCAACACAGUUUAGAAACCCCUCCAUAUGGAUUUGAUCAAAUGUUCUUCAAAGCUAACCUUGAAUCCAAAUGGAUGAAGUCAUUCUCAGUUCAUAUCGAAUAUCACUGGUUUUGUUUAACUCUGCAGCUGGACAAUAGGUUCUGAUAGGAACCAGAUUAUCAACUGGAUUUCAUCAAAAAGAUAUAUAUCCAGCAGGAUGAUGGCCUCCAUUCAAAAAUAUAGAACAGAACUAUGUACAUCAAUUUUGCAGCUUUAUUUGAUUCCCCACCCCUCUAUUUUUUAGGAUUUUGUUGUACAUAGUUGUGAUGAUGUAAAUAUGUAUAGAACUUAUGAAUUGUUUUGAUUCAUUUACGUGGACUUAGUGGCUGUUGAUGUGAUUUUUUUCCCACACA